AUUCAUCCGCGCAAACUCUGGACAAGCGUAUAGAGGACAUUCCUCGAACAUGUUUUUCAAAACCAUGCCUGAUUUGCUCGCACAGUUUGAGCGAGAGAGACAAAUACGUCGUGUGUGUCAUAUAGUUGAGGUUCCCACUACGAAGUCGUCAGCUAUGGUUUGAGACCAAAACAACAAUCAGUGAACGUCAAGAGAUUGAUAUAUACUAAGGAGAGAUAACUUUGACAGGAAGACAGAGAAACCAUUUUAAAACUGAUCAUAUUGAUUCAAAGUCCUUGGACGGCGAAGACUUUGCUUGAAGCAGAUUUACAAUGCAUUGGACAUUUGGAUACCUUUUGAUGUAUACCUUAGUUUUAGGAGUUUUUGGAGACAGCAAUUCUACGCUUCAAGAAAACAGAACAGUUUCAAACAAUGAUACGAGAGAAACUAAGUCAAAUGAGACCAACCCAAUCAAGGUGGAUGUCAUGCGGCCAACCCUGGCGAGCGAACAGCAAAGGCUUCUUGAACACUUAUUUAGGAACUACGACAAAAAUGUCCGGCCUGCAGAAGAACCGAACAGAAAUCUUUCGAUAAGAAUCCAACCGUCAGUUAGACAGAUUGUUGAGAUUAACGAAAGACAACAAGUUCUCACGCUGUAUUUUUGGUUGAGAAUAUAUUGGUAUGAUAAAAAUUUCGUGUGGAACGAAGCAGAUUUCAGUAACAUCAAAAAUUUCAAUGUUGAAGCCGACAAAAUGUGGCUGCCUGAUCUGUCUCUGUAUAACAGUGCCCAAGAGGGUCAGGACGCGUUGAUUUAUCACAAGAUCAAGACGAAAGUUCAGGUGAGCAGCGAUGGCGCAUGUCGAUGGCUCUCUCCCUAUUUCUCCUCCACCUCCUGCAACAUCGACAGUACUCACUUCCCGUUUGACGAACAGAAAUGCCAGGUAGAAAUGGCGUCGUGGACUGCCACGGGUAAUGUCAUCGACGUUGUACUUGACAAGAACCUCAGUAUUGAUACGAGCCAGUUCUUGGAGAACAUCCAGUGGAAGAUACAGUCAGUGUCGGCUUAUAAACAGGUAAAGUUUUACGGCAGCAAUACACAUCCGUACCCUAGUCUGGUUUUCGAGUUUGUCUUACGACGCAGAAGCUUAUUCUAUAUAAUAAAUCUCAUAUUUCCUUGCGUGAUUUUAUCCUUCCUAUCCCUCAUGACCUUCUACAUCCCCCCUGCCUCAGGCGAGAGAAUAACAUUAUCAAUAAGCCUACUGCUGACCAUGUUAUUUACGCUGUACAUAGUCACCGAAAACCUUCCACCCGAUUCGACAACCGUCCCCCUGUUGACCAAAUUUAUCGGCGUCGCGAUGUUGAUCAUGACUCUUUCAUUGUUCGGCACUUCAGUCGCCAUAAAGUUCGAGGGGAAAGCAGAACCCGUUCCGAAAUGGGUCGCGUUGUUCGUCGGAAAGUAUUUGGGUUGUCUCGUGCUUCGGAACACCUCGUGGGUACGGAAAUGCGCGAAGAAGCGGCGACAGAAUCCGGAAGAGAUGGCGCUUAAUUUGCAAACGUCUGAGGAGAAUCAAAAAGGAUUUCCUGACCCAGAAGACGCCACUCAAGUUGACAAUGGCCAUCCGACCUGCCGACAUCGCUCGCCUCAGUCCUCCUGGAACAACAUCAAGAAGGAUUCUGGGGAAUCGACCGCUGCUCAUAAUACCAGCAGCCCCGUAAUGUCCAGUAUUGUCAAGAUGUUCCAGCAUCUCUCGAGUCGUGUCGAGAAAAAGGCUUUAAUCGAUGAAGCUCAAGGGGAAUGGAAAGAGAUCGGUUCGAUACUCAAUACCUUAUUUUUCGGGACAUUUUUCGCUGUCCUGUUCAUCUCCACAAUUGUUAUCUUCAGUGGAGCACGCUACACCGAGUAGCUCACGUGGACUGGUGACGAAACUCCACGUCUUUGAAAGACAGGUUCACUUUCAUUUCACAUCUUAAGACUCACAUUAACGCUAAUGUCUGGUAAAUGUAACAGCUUUUGAUCAUUUAUCAACGGCCCUUUUCAAAUCGUGAAAUUUGGGCAAAGCAGUGUAAAAACAAUAGGUAUAGGGUAACAUUUAUGAAAACGAUAAUUUGGACUUUUUGUAAACGGUAAAACUAAGUUAGUAUUCUGAUGAGAAUGUCAGUCUAGUGCAUGAUUUAACCUCUAGCAAUUUAUAUAAACAUUUCAUAUAUUAGCUCCAACUUAUACAGUUAUACUAAUUCAAUGAUACUAAU